GGUUUUUGCUAGUCUUGUCAAAAUCCUUAGCAUCACGUAUGUGUGUGACUAAUCGCAUGCAGGAUUCCCCUUGUUAAAAUUAUAGUUUUUAGUGUUUACCAAAAUCCUUCGAUUAUUAAAUAAAGUGCUGCAUCAAUCGCGGAAGAUUUGAUACAUAAAUUGGUGUGGUGUUAUUAAAAAAGGGCUGACGAAAUAUUUGCACCCGUGUCAACCAGAAUGACGAAACGUGUACAACCAACGUGGCAGCUGCCGACUCCGGUCCGGAAGGAAUCGCAACUUAGACUCUACAACAGCCUAACACGACAGAAAGAAUUGUUUGUCCCCCGAGACGGCCGAAACGUUAAAUGGUAUAGCUGUGGACCAACGGUGUACGACGCAUCGCAUAUGGGCCAUGCUCGGUCCUACAUCAGCUUCGACAUCUUGCGAAGGGUACUGACAGACUACUUUGGAUACAAUGUUUUCUACGUGAUGAACAUUACUGAUGUCGAUGAUAAGAUUAUUAAACGGGCGAGACAAAACUACUUGUAUGAGCGGUAUGUAACAACAACAACUUCUCUGGAGAAACUGUUGGAAGAUAAUAAAGAGGUGAUGGUGGCGUUCCAAGAGAAACUGGGUAGUACAACAGAUCCGGACAAGAAAGUCAUGAUGGAGCGAAUGUUAGAAAAGCUAACAAAUGCUGUGGAUAAUUUGACGAUUGCGGUAAAGAGUGGUCAGGAGGACAAAGUGAAGGAAGCCCAGAAACAAUUUCUUGAAAGUUCAAGAGAUCCGCUGGCGGAUUUGUUGGACAGUAAAGAAGGAGAUUCUGUGAACGAAAAUUCAAUUUUUGAGACGCUGCCUCGUUACUGGGAAGAUGAAUUCCAUAAGGAUAUGAAUGCUCUGAACGUGCUACCGCCCGAUGUGUUGACACGGGUCAGUGAGUAUGUGCCACAGAUUGUGGAAUAUACCCAGCAAAUUAUUGAUAACGGAUUGGCAUACGAGGCCAACGGAUCGGUUUACUUCGACGUAGCUGGUUUCGAUAAACGCGACAAACAUUAUUACGCCAAACUUGUGCCAGAAGCCUACGGAGAUACUAAAGCGCUGCAGGAAGGCGAAGGCGAUUUGAGUACUACCGAAGAUCGACUGUCGGAGAAACGAUCACCGAAUGAUUUUGCUUUGUGGAAGAGUAGCAAGGCCGGAGAACCCUGGUGGGACAGUCCCUGGGGCAAGGGCCGACCUGGAUGGCAUAUCGAGUGCUCUGCCAUGGCAUCCGAUAUUUGCGGGGACUAUCUGGACAUUCACACUGGUGGAGUUGAUCUCAAAUUUCCGCAUCAUGACAACGAGUUGGCACAAAGUGAGGCACAUGAUGAUAGUUCGGAAUGGGUCAAGUAUUUCCUACACACCGGCCACCUGACGAUUGCCGGUUGCAAGAUGUCUAAAUCGCUAAAGAACUUCGUGACAAUUCAACAGGCCCUUCAGAAACAUAGCGCAUGUCAACUGAGGUUGGCCUUCCUGCUGCACUCAUGGAAAGACACGUUAGACUACUCGGAAAACACGAUGGAAAUGGCUGUUCAGUAUGAACGAUUUUUGAAUGAAUUUUUCCUUAAUGUUAAAGACUUGACGCGGCACGUGGUCACCGGAAAACCUAGAGAGCAAUUUAAUCGGUGGACUGUUGUCGAAACGGAUUUGCAGCAAAAGCUAAACGCCAUCAAGGAGGCAGUCCAUGAAGCGCUUUGUGAUAACGUUGAUACCCGAACAGCUUUGGAUGCUCUGAGAGAUCUGGUGUCACACAGCAAUGUUUAUAUUCGGGACCAUAAGAACGAACUGAACGCUCUGUUGUUAAGACGUAUUGCCAGCUAUAUAACUGAGUUGUUGCAUAUGUUCGGUGCGAUCAGUGGUCCGCGUGGAGGAAUCGGAUUUCCUGUUGGAAAUGCUGAAAAUACAGAUCUCGAGCAAACCGUCAUGCCUUUCCUUUCUGCAUUAUCGGAAUUCCGUACGGCUGUUCGCGAACAAGCUCGAUCGUUGAAAGCGACCGCCAUCCUCACGCUCUGCGAUCAGCUUAGAGACGACAUCCUUCCGAAUCUGGGUGUUCGGUUGGAGGACCGCGAAGGCAAUGCCUCUGCCCUGAAACUAGUGGACCGUGACGUUCUUCUGAAGGAACGAGAGGCCAAACGCACCGAAGAAGCACGUAGAGCAGCUGAAAAGGAACGCAAAAAAGCUGAGCUAGCUGCUGCUCAAGCUGCCAAGGAUGCUCAGAAGAAAAUUAAUCCGGCGGACUUGUUCCGAGCAGAAAUCGAUAAAUAUUCAGCAUUCGACGAAAGUGGUCUGCCGACACACGAUGUCGAGGGAAAGGAAAUUAGCAAAGGGCAACAGAAGAAGCUCCAGAAACUUCAACAGCAGCAGCAGAAGCGCUACCAGGAGUAUCAAGAAUCGUUGAAGGUUUGACGCGAUGAGUCCCUGCCCUAAACUUAUAAGUGAUAAAUUGGAUCAAAUAAGUAUGCUGCGUACAUUUUAUUUAUAAUUCAUUUCUGCAUUUAACAAAGUUCUCUAUAAACCCGAAAUACAACUUUAAUUCUGUCAAAUGCAUU